CAAAGCUCGGGGCCGCGCGCUCCCGCCCGUGAGCUGUGCGGCGCCGCCCACUCCACCCCGGGCGCCGGGGCCGGCUUUUGCAUCCCCGGGGGCUGGAGCCGCUCGUGAGGACGGUCGAGGCCGCAGAAAGACGUGGAAGAACAAUGCACGAGAGUCUUUGACACCAUGAUGUACAUCCGGCAAAGAAAAGAGAUAAAGACCUUAGAAGUUUCUGAGGAUAUUCCAGCACAAAAGGAAAAUGUGAAGUUGGAAAAUAAAUUGCCAUCUGAAGGUGCUGACAGAAGCUUUUGGAAGAUCCUGUCAUUUGUGGUUGGUGGGACCAUUGCCCUUUGUGUUGGCCUCCUCACUGCUGUCUACCUUGCCACCUUACACGAAAAUGACUUGUGGUUUUCCAACAUCAAGGAGGUGGAGCGAGAAAUCUCAUUCAGGACAGAAUGUGGACUGUACUACUCCUACUACAAGCAGAUGCUACAGGCUCCCAGCCUCUCACAAGGUUUUCAUGGCUUAAUAUAUGAUAAUAAAACUGAAUCUAUGAGGACAAUUAACCUCCUUCAACGAAUGAAUAUUUACCAAGAGGUCUUUCUCAGUAUUUUAUAUAGAGUUCUACCUAUACAGAAAUAUUUAGAGCCUGUUUAUUUUUAUAUCUACACCCUGUUUGGGCUCCAAGCAAUCUAUGUGACAGCGCUUUACGUGACCAGCUGGCUCCUUAGCGGUACCUGGCUUUCGGGGCUGCUAGCAGCUCUCUGGUAUGUCACUAACAGAGUAGAUACCACUCGAGUUGAUUUUACCAUCCCACUGAGGGAGAACUGGGCACUGCCAUUCUUUGCAAUUCAGAUCGCAGCCAUUACCUAUUUCCUGAGACCAAACUUACAGCCUCUUUCGGAACGGCUGACUCUCCUUGCCGUUUUCACAUCAACGCUUCUCUUUAGCCUGGCGUGGCAGUUCAACCAGUUCAUGAUGCUGGUGCAGGCACUGGUGCUGUUCAUCCUGGACUCAGUGGACAUGCUGCCAGCUGUUAAGGCCGCCUGGCUGUACGGCGUACAGAUGGCCAGCCUCCUCCUCGUCUGUGUUCUGCAGUUUUUUAACUCCAUGAUUCUCGGAUCGUUGCUGAUCAGUUUUAACCUUUCAGUACUAAUUGCAAGGAAACUUCAGAGAAACCUAAAAACUGGAACCUUUCUUGCUAGGGUUGGGAAGCUUUUGUUACACCUGUUGGUAGUUUUCGGUUUGACACUUUCUCUCAACAUCAUCAUUAAGAAAAUUCUUCACCUGAAGUCAGAUGAACACAUAUUUAAAUUUCUGAAGGCCAAAUUUGGCUUUGGAGCCACAAGGGAUUUUGAUGCAAAUCUCUACCUGUGUGAAGAAGCUUUCGGCCUCCUGCCCUUGAAUACCUUUGUGAGGCUCUCGGACACUCUGCUUUUGUAUGCUUACGUGUUUGUCCUGUCCAUCUCUGUGAUCGCUGCGUCCAUCGUUGCCUUUCGUCAUCUCAGCAAUUCUGCAAAUCAACAGUCUGUGGGUAAAAUGAGGAAAUGUGCCUUUGACCUGAAACCAGAAACUGCUUACAACUUAAUACAUACCAUCUUGUUUGGAUUCUUGGCGUUGAGCACUAUGAGAAUGAAAUACCUGUGGACCUCACACAUGUGUGUCUUUGCGUCAUUUGGCUUGUGCAGUUCGGAGAUGUGGGAGUUGCUUCUGAAGCUGGUCCAUCUUUAUAACCCAAACAGGACUCGCGCACUGCGGUACUCGGUGCCCGUGCUCACGCUGCUGUGUGUGUGCUACAAGUCCUGGCCAGGAAUGAUGGAUGAGCUUUCCGAGCUGAAGGAAUUCUAUGACCCAGACACGGUGGAGCUGAUGAACUGGAUCAACUCUAAUACUCCAAAAAAGGCAGUGUUUGCUGGAAGCAUGCAGCUGCUGGCCGGAGUCAAGCUGUGCACAGGGCGGACCCUGACCAACCACCCACACUAUGAAGACAGCAGCCUGCGGGAGCGGACCCAAGCGGUUUAUCAGAUAUAUGCCAAGAGGUCCCCAGAGGAAGUGCACAUGCUGCUGAGGUCCUUUGGCACCGACUACGUGAUCCUGGAGGACAGCAUCUGCUACGAGCGCCGGCACCGCAGGGGCUGCCGCCUGCGGGACCUGCUGGACGUCGCCAACGGACACGUGAUGGAUGGGCCAGGAGAUAAUGACCCCGACUUGAAACCUGCAGCCCACCCUCGCUUCUGUGAGGAAAUCAAGCGGAACCUACCUUCUUACAUGGCUCACUUCACUAGAGUGUUUCAGAACAAGACAUUCCAUGUCUACAAACUGUCCAGAAACAAGUGACUGGUUUUAAAAUGAUAGUGAAGCUGCAGGAGAUGAAUGUGUGGCUGUUGUGUCCCUUGUGUGAGUCAGGAGCAGGUCCUAAAAGCUGUGCUAUGCGGACACCUCCAGAUGUUUACACAAGUCCUGCCUUUCUGGAAGCAUCUUUCACAGGCUUCAAUCUUUUGGUUCUAUCUCUGUCUUUUCCAUUAAUAUUCCUUGGACCAUUAAUGUGUACACUUGUCCAAUUAAUGUGUGCACCGAUGAUUUCAUUGGAGAACCAUGUGUGACCUGGGAAGUGGCAAGCCAUGCUACAAAAUGGAAGCCCACCCGGUGUUUGAAGUGCUCUGGGUUUCCAGCAGACUUGAGAUGGUUCUGGGUGAGUGGAACUGACAGGAUAUGUGUAAGUAAGUUACUUAAUAUCCCUUCAGUAUUGACACUACUGUCCUGAUUCACAUUAAAAUGUUAUGAUGGUUUCCAACUAUCAUGCUUUUCAGAAUCAUGUUAGGUCUUUGAAUCAUAAACAUUUUGUACUCCGAAAUGUUACAUGUUCUGUAGUAUGUGUCAUAUGUGAGAAGAUUGUGUGUGUUAAUUCUGGGCACAUAGGAAGUGUCACACGGUCUGUACGGGAAGUCCUCAAGAGCAGAAGUGUACGCAGCCGCUGAGGGCCUGCCGCUAUGCACUCUGCUUACUCUGGCUUUCUUAAGCCUCUUAAUACUCUUUGACUUCUUGCAAGUAAAAUAAUUUUGCUUCAUUUCUUACUCAUUUCGAUUUACUGCAUUUGCAGAAUUUGUAAACUUGUGUUUUUAGCCUUUGUAUUUUUUACAGCCUAGAAUCUUGAAAAGUGUGAAUAUUUUUUAGAAGUUGAAUCUUGAUUAGUCAGUAGCUCCGCGUUUUUGGCAGACGGCAUUUCAUACCGGAUCUGACUGUGGUCUCCAGUCACUGCAGGUGAUCAGGUGCCUUCAGGUGAGGCUUAUGUACACAGCAGAGGGCUGCAUGUUCAUUUCCAUUGACAGAGACUUGGAAAGGCUGCUGGGGAAAGCUCACUGUCCACUUAGUUAAAUCAAGAUGGCUCAUGACAGUAACGUGUGCUUCCGUUCCCGCCGUUGGACAUGACUGGCAUGCUUCUCCGUGCACCGCAGUGAAGUGAGCUGCCUGGCAUCUUGUGCUCGGGUGAUCUGCGUGCAGUCACUGCUUACGCAUCCUCGGAAACAUUGUGAGUCUUACUGGGCACAAGAUUUUUAUAAGCAAGAGUUAUUUAGAUAAAAGAUUGACGGUAGCUGGGUUAUUAAAUCAUGCAGCUGAAAUUUCAGAAUUACAUCUUUUCCUGUACCUUUAACAAGGCUGGAGACCACUGCAGCUUAGGGAAAGGCAGUAAUAGGACAUUUUAGUCAGUGCUGGCACUCUCAUCGAGCCAGCAAUGCUGCGUGCCUGCUGGAGCGGCCAGCGUGGGUCAGCGUGUCCUCGGCGAGUGCCUUACUCCAUCCAGAACCAAGCACAUGUAAGGCGCAGUGUGCAGAAUGAGGUGACUCUGUUCUUGGAAACCUGCUACUUCUUGGGUGUGUUUGAAUUUAAGUGUUUCUGUAUGCAUUUCUCUAAUCAUCUGAGUAUUUGAAGUCUUGGUAUCCAAGAAACAUGGACUGAAACUUGCACACACAUCAUCCCUACAUAAUGGAUACCAUAGUUGCAUUUUCAUAACUCCAUUGUUACCAGAAACAUUUACCGUUUGGUCUUUAGUUAAAAAAAAAAAAGUGCCAAAUACAAUCUUGCAAGACAGAACCAGUCCAUGCACUCUUCCCAAGACACUGUGACUAUGUUCAUUCAGAAUGAGCAGAUCUUGAAUGAAUCAGGUCAGGCACUCUUAGCUCUUUCCAGGGCUCUUGCUUGUGACUUUCUCAUUACAGCACACAGGACAGGAGGGCCUGGCCUCUGGUUUCCAGAUUCUGCAAGCCCAAGCCGGUCUCUUGUGGCCUGAACUCUGUCACAUAGGCCCCUGUAUCACACGAAUGGGCCCCAGGGGCUUUGCAUUUUGGUAAUAACCUCGGAUCACGGCUAUAUAUAGAAAACCCACUUGGUUCUGCUCCUGAGCUCAGUCAGGAGAACCCCCGCAGACGUGGAAGAGCUCUUCCUCCACCCUGCUUCUCACUCCCAAGAGCCUAUGUGGGAGCUCCCUGCUGCCCGCCCCAGACCUCGAGGCGCAAGCUCUGCUCCUCCCUGUGAGUACAUACCUCAGCCAUGAGACACUGGGGCAUGGCUCAGCAGUAGAGUGCUUGCCUAGCAUGCUAGAGGCCCUGGGUUUGGCCCUAGAAUGACAGAAAGGGAGAGAUCACAGGUCAGGUGCUGCCCAGCAUGCAUAAGGCUUUGGGCCCAGUCCCCAGCACUGCAAGAUGUUACCGGUAUGAUUCAUGAAAGAUACAGAGCAGCCAUGAUAGGCUCCGUGAACGGAAAGCCCUUAGCUUCACAUCAGAAGAUGAGCAAGUGAGUGUGUCGCUGUUCUUAGCAGUGACCGACCCCCCCCCCACUUUCCUGCCGCUGGUCCACAUAGUAGAAAGGGCCUCCCUUCUUUUCUUCAGCUGUUUACAGAACGGGGAUCUGUUUCAGACGUGGUCCCUGGGAGCGAUUGAGAAGGUCACCUAGGCCACUUGUAGUCUUUUAAAGCUAAUUCCCCUGGACUGGGCUGUAGUUCCGUGGGGAAGUGCUUGCUUUGCCACACAAGGCCCCGGAUUUCAGCCCUUCCUGAUCUGGGCAAGGAUAAUUCAAGUUCAUGGGUGUCACGUGUUUGUGCUUCUGCACGUGUGUGUGCGUGUAUUCAAGCUAGUGCAGCCAGGACGGCUAAUCUAGUCCUCACCUGGAUUUCACAAUGAAAUAGAAAAACAAAAAUGUUUAUCCUGGUUACAAUUAACUUGUAUGAAGGUCUCGAAAUUUUUAUCAUUUUUGGCCAAGUUCUACUUGAAUUAAUAUUGAGAUACUGAAUUGAAAAUUUAUAAUUGAGACCUUGGAACUAAAACAAGAUAUUAAAAUGUUCUCAAAUCCUGUAUGUUAACUCACAUGCUUUGUGCAUGACAACCUUUUGGCCUAGACACAGUGCUUGUAUGUUCAAGGAAAAAGUCUUACUGAGAAGAGUGGCUUGCUUACUUGUGGUAACUGCCUGUUUUUAACAUGUUGGGUAAAACUUUACAAAGAGCUUUUAUAAUUUGUUGUACUGAAUUGUAUGGAGAUUAUAUACUGAAUAAAGCUCUUUUAGAUUACA